GUUUUCCUAAUUAUGAUGGAUCUUUCGACUGAUAUUGCUUUUGUUUCCUGUUACAGUUACCAGUAUCCCACCAUGGACGUCAUAGCGGACAUGCUCCCUAACGUCCUGCAGUUUUUCAACUUCCGUACUGUAAUCGGAGUUGGUGUGGGAGUCGGAGCGUACAUCCUCUCCAAGUUCGCACUCGCAAACCCUGAUUCAGUGGAAGGUCUGGUUUUGGUCAACAUCGACACUAACGCCCGAGGAUGGAUCGACUGGGCUGCCCAGAAGCUCGUAUCCGUGACGUCUUCCCUGACAGAGCAGAUCAUGUCCCACCUGUUCAGUCAGGAGGAGCUGUCAGCAACCACAGAGCUAGUGAAGUUUCACAGAGAGCGAAUCUCCAAAGCGUCAAACCUGGUCAACAUAGAGCUCUUCUGGAAGACUUACAACAGCCGCAAAGACUUGAACAUUGACCGCAACAGCACCUUCAAGUGUCCAGUAAUGUUGGUGGUUGGCGAUCAGGCUCCAUAUGAGGAAGCUGCCGUGGAGUGCAACAGCAAGAUGGACCCGACAACAACCUCGUUCUUAAAGAUGGCCGAUGCUGGUGGUCUCCCUCAGCUGACCCAGGUGAGAACAAACUACCAACGUCCUUCUGAGACUUAAAACUUUAACUCGUCU